AUCGAUAGUAUUAGAAAAAUUUGUAAACAAAAAAGCAGAUAUUUGUUAAUAGAAUAAAUUGAUAUAUAAUGAGUUGUAACUAUGCUGAAGGUCUUUCAGCUUACGAAAAUAAAGGAAUCCUUGGUGUACCGGAAAAUUUCGACAGCGAAGAAGUUGUGAAUCAAAAAUGCAAACAGUUGGCUAACUUAAUUAAAGACUCAAAACAUGUUGUAUUUCAUACAGGUGCUGGUCUCAGCACUUCAGCUGGUAUCCCCGAUUUUAGGGGGCCUAAAGGUGUAUGGACACUGGAAGAAAAAGGAGAAAAGCCUACUUUCAACACAUCUUUUGAUGAGGCCAAACCGACAAAAUCUCACAUGGCUUUGAAGGCUUUAGUUGAACAUGGAUAUGUACAAUAUAUUGUUUCACAAAAUAUCGAUGGGUUGCAUUUGAAGUCUGGACUAGAUCGCAAGUACUUGGCGGAGCUGCACGGAAAUAUUUUCAUAGAGCAAUGCCAAAAAUGUCGACGACAGUUUAUAAGGAAGACCGCUGUCGAAACAGUGGGUCAAAAGCUAUUGGGACGCUCAUGCAGAUCCGUUGAUGUAAGCCAAAAUCGCAGCUGUCGAGGAGGAGUGUUGCAGGAUAACGUAUUGGAUUGGGAACACGAUUUACCCGAACGUGAUCUCGAUAUGGCAUUCAUGAACUCCACUUUAGCAGAUGUUAACAUAACCCUUGGCACUACUCUGCAAAUUAUACCUAGUGGAAAUUUACCUCUCAAAAAUCUAAAGCAUGGUGGAAAGCUUGUCAUAUGCAACCUGCAGCCCACAAAGCAUGACAAGAAAGCACACAUUAAUAUUUCAAGUUAUAUUGAUACUAUAUUAGAAAAAGUUUGCAAACGAUUAGGUAUCGAGAUUCCAGAGUACUCCGAAGAUCGCGAUCCUACAAAGCUUACCAACAUUUCGGAAUGGACACUGCCGCAAGAAUAUGUCAAACAGUUGGAUAAAAAAUUCAAGGAGCAUCAGAAAACUUUAGCAAACAAUAGCAAUAAGCAACUUAUCACUAAGAAACUUAUCAAAAAGCGCAAACGAAGCGAAUCAACAGAAUUUAAAUAAUUGUAGAUCCUAUUAUAUAUAGAGUUUAAGUCAAAUCGUAACAUAAUUAACAAUAUUAUCUAAAAAUUAAAUUAAAUUCUU